GUGACCAAGUGCAACACUCCCGGCCAGAUCGCGUUGACCUUCUCCGAGGGGCCCAGCGAGGCCACGAUCCAAAUGAUUGAGAUCCUUAAGGAGGGCAAGGCCCGUGUCACCUUCUUCACCAACGCGACUUGGCUCGAUUAUAUGCAGUACGCUGGCAUAACCCGCCGUGCCUACAACGAGGGCCACUUGAUCGGCAUGACCUACCGCCUCCCCAACGACUCCUCCAACGACAUGACGGACACCCAGCUCCGCGCCGACAUUGCCAAGCACGCUAACAAGAUCUUUGACCUCAUCGGCAAGUAUCCCAAGUACGUUCGCGUCCAUGAAGCCGGUCUCAAGGACCCCAAGCUCGAGCCCACCAUCCGCGAUAUGGGCUAUACUCUCGUCGGAUUCAACCUCGACGAGGCCGAUUACAAGUACAGCAGCCGUAGCCAGGCCUCUCAAAUCGCAGGCAUCUACGAGACCACGUUUGCGAAGCAGGCGGACGCGUUCGGUCGCAAGGGUUCGUACGUUGCGGUAGGGUAUGACAUCCCCGCUUCGGGCGCCGCAGGUGCACUGCCAGAUAUCAUCUCGGCCGUCAUCCGCAACGACUACGAUAUGGUCCGUCUGGAUGGCUGCACCAACGACACCAUGCCCUACAAGAAA